AUGGCUGAGAAUCGGAGCCUACGCGUUCGUGGCGGCCGAGGAUCGGCGAUCGAGAAUGGCCGAGAAUCGGAGCGUACACGUUCGAGAAUGAAGGGGUUGGAAUCUGUGGAGUGUAAUGGAAUAGUCUAUAUAAUUGAUCGGGCGCAGCCCGCCACACAAAGUAAAUCUAGAACUGAAGAGAAGAGUCAAGUCAGUAAACUUACAACUAAUUUGAAUCCUCAAACUUCUGUUAAGAUUAGAGAAUUGAGAAAUGACACUGAUAAUAAACUAGAUAUAAUGCAAGCAGUUGAGAUUCCUACUUUUCAAAAUAGUUAUAAUCUACUAUCUGAUGAUAGUGAUUAG